GUGUAAGUAGCUAACAUUAGCCUCGGUGCGUGACAUUCAGUCACGGAGUUCAUCACCAGCAGCCAUAACAACCUGACGUGUGCCAAGUCCAGGAGCCGGCAGCCGGCUAUCUGUUAGCUGCUGCGUUAUCUUUCAGAGCGAUGGCCCUGGUGCAGUUCACUGGGGUGUAGCUAGCCUGGCUCAGCCAACAUGGGAGACGAUAACGGAGUAAACGGGGACCUGAAUGACAACCUGAAGCGCCAGAGCACCGGCGACCCGCAGCUGGACAAGGCGGUGCAACAGUGGUUAACCUGGGACAAAAACCCAUGGACUCGGGCUCAGAUAGAGUCUCUGGUAGUGGCGUGUCGGGUGGACGACCUGAGGUCAAGACUCUGCAGCAGAAUGAGCUUCGGUACAGCCGGGCUCAGAGCUCCAAUGGGAGCCGGAUUCAACCGGAUCAACGACCUCACUGUGAUCCAGUCCACACAGGGUUUGUUUUCCUACCUGUCCAGGUAUUUCCCAGACUUCAGCGGCAGAGGAGUGGUUGUUGGUUUUGACACUCGAGGACAGGAGGAGAGCGGCUGCAGCAGUCAGCGGCUGGCGAAGCUGACGGCUGCUGUGCUGCUCAGCAGAGACAUUCCUGUUCAUCUGUUCUCCACCUUCAUCCCCACGCCGUAUGUGCCAUAUGCUGUGAAGAAGAUGGGAGCGGCAGCCGGAGUGAUGAUCACUGCUUCACACAAUCCCAAAGAAGACAACGGGUACAAGGUGUACUGGUGUAAUGGCGCUCAGAUCUCUUCACCUCAUGACAAGGAGAUCCUGCGGUGCAUUGAGGAGCAGCUGGAGCCCUGGAGCACCUCCUGCUGGGAGGAGGAGCUGGUGGAGAGCUCCUCCCUGAGGACCGAUCCCCUGGUGCAGAUCAACAGCUGCUACAUGGAAGAACUCACCUCCCUCUGCUUUCACAGGGAUCUAAACAGCAGCUGCCCGCUGAAGUUCGUCCACUCAUCCUUCCAUGGCGUCGGACACGUUUUUGUCCAGCAAGCCUUCCAGAGCUUUGGCUUUGCUCCGCCGAUCCCUGUCCCGGAGCAGAAGGACCCUGACCCUAACUUCCCCUCUGUCCACUGCCCCAACCCUGAGGAGGGAGAGUCUGUCCUGGAGCUCUCUCUUCUCCUGGCAGAGAGGGAAAAUGCUCGGAUCAUUCUGGCGACAGAUCCUGAUGCUGAUCGUUUGGCUGUAGCAGAGAAGUCUGAUAGGUGUGGUUGGAAGGUGUUCACUGGUAACGAGCUAGCGGCGCUGCUGGGUUGGUGGAUGUUCUUUAACUGGAAGGAGAACCAUCCAGAUCCUGCAGAAACUCAGGGAGUUUACAUGUUGGCCACCACCGUGUCCUCAAAGAUCCUGCAGGCCUUUGCUCGCAUCGAGGGGUUCCACUUCGAGGAAACUCUCCCAGGGUUCAAGUGGAUUGGAAACAGAAUACACGAACUCUCCAAAACAGGAAACACAGUCAUAUUUGCCUUCGAGGAGUCGAUCGGUUUCCUGUGUGGCAGUAUGGUCCCAGACAAAGAUGGUGUGAGCUCGGCAGCGGUUGUGGCUGAAAUGGCUGCGUGCCUCCACAACAAGAACCUGAGUUGGCCAAGUAUGUUACACACACAAAGAAUUUGUUUCUGGUAUGGUUAUCAUGUUUCUAAAACCUCAUACGUCAUCUGUAACAAUCCUCCCACCAUCCAGAAGAUCUUUAGUCGGAUCAGAAACUUUGAAGGCGAGGGUUCGUACCCAAAGACGUGUGGCGGUGUUCGGAUCGUCCACGUCAGAGACGUCACCAUGGGAUAUGACAGCAGCCAGCCUGACCUUCGAUCUGUGCUUCCUGUGUCGAGGAGUAGUCAGAUGAUCACCUUUACACUAGAGAAUGGUGUCGUGGCCACGCUGAGGACCAGCGGCACCGAACCCAAGAUCAAGUACUACACCGAGUUCUGCGCUGCACCGGGGAAAAGUGAGGUGUCCAGUCUGGAGGAGGAGCUCAGGAAGGUAACUGCUGCUCUGCUGGAAGAGUUCCUGGAGCCAGAGAAAAACAAUCUGAUUCGCCGCUUUGUAUAGCCCAGCCUCUUCGUACCUGGUCCCCUGCAGUGACGGCACAUCCUGUGGUGCUUGUAGACAAGUCAGCUGCUUCACUCUGUCGUGUCAAUAAAGUUCACAUUGGACUGAAGAAGCCGUUUGGACUCUGGAAAACAGAGACGUUUGAUGUUAGAGACUGAAUGUUAACUUAGAGCAAUGAUCGACAGACUGAUUGACAUUUAGUUGCAGGCCUGAACUGUGGUACUCUGUGUACAUCAUUAACCAUCAUACAGCAGAGAGCAGGAUGAGGAAACAGAGUCCAACCAAAGAGUGAGUUCAUUUUCAUUUUCUUUUGUUUGAUUGGUUCUCAGGUGCAGGUAACAAAGAAAAAAUUAUUUAUAAAUAUAUUUUCUUAAAAGAUGAACUGAGAAGAAAAUUACAUAUAAAUUGUUGGUAAAACCAAAUGUUUACUUUCAAACUGAGUUAAAGUCCUGCACUUGGAAGAUGUGAAAAAGGUGAUUGAUAUGGAAGUUCAUUGAUGACAAAAUGACUAAGCACACACGACACAACAUAUCGGUGGACAUGGAUUUGUACGGGAGCCUGUGACUGCUCACUUUCUUGUUUUAACAGAGCUCUCGUUAAAGCAAAAUAUUUGUCAUGUUAUGACGUUUUCUUACUUGUUUAAUUUUGAUAUUAAAAUAACAUUUUUACAGGAAAUUAAAAUAUUUUCUUCAUUGUGGCAGAAAUAGGGUUAGGGUUCAAAUAUAUAAUAAAAUAAAAAAUACACUGCUGUAGUUUUUCAAAGUCCCACAUUGGUUUGUAUAUUAACUUUGAAACAUCACAGUCAACUCUUCCUGAACUACUCCUAGUCUUAAAUGAUUUACAAGUGGACUAAACAUCACAAGUAAAUUUUGUAACAAUUAAAAAUUAUUUAUUUCAAUUUUUCUUGAAAGUGCACAUUAUAGUUCAAGUUGAUUGAAGAAAUGACCAAAAUUUCUAA